UUGGAAUCAAAUUUAAUCGCCAUUAGCUCUUAGCCGACUGGGAUUUUUUUACAAACAAAACAGUGUUGCAUUUUUUUCCAAUUUAAAAGCGUACAACUGAUAAUGCUGAUGAUUUGCUCAAAUCGUUACUACAACAGAUAUGAAAUGGUUAUAAAUUCAAUUUAAAAAGUCAAAGGAUUUAUUUACCAUCGAAAUUAGGAUAUCUUUUUCACUCAAAUAUACUCCAAAGUGAUAACAAAGUGUAACAAAGAUGGAUAGACGUUACAUGAAGUUGUCUCUUAUUUUUGUGCCUAUAAUAGUAUACCUGUCCAUUAUGUUUCGUGUAAUUGAUAACUUCUGUGAAGAAACAGACAUAUCAACAGAUGAAACCGUUCAUUCGACAGCCGUACUGAAAAAUAACAAACCUGAUACAAACAUGUCUCGUUAUUUACAAUCAUUGGUUAAAAAAUAUGACGAACUGGAACAGGAGAAAGUCUAUUUACUUUCACUUAUCAAAAGUUUAUUGGGCCGAAAUACAUUAUCCCAAGAUAAGAAUAAUUUCAUGAACGAAUUGGAUAAAAUGGUGCACCCAAGAAUUAUAAAAGCACAAAAACCUAAAUCUGAUUGGUCAUCUACCGAAACAAAUAUCGUGAAACCAAAAUACCUUUUCAACUGUACAAAUAUAAACAAGAUUUCAUUAAAACAAAAAAUCGGACAUGGAGUAUCAAAACAAGCCUUUUUAGGUAUUUACCACGGCCAAGAGAUUGCUGUAAAAAUGGUUACUAGACAUCAGAAGGACGUAAGAAACUGCCUUCAAAAAUUGUCAGAUGAAGAUAUAGUCAAAAGACACGAAUGCUUCAUGUUUCCAAACAUGAAGUUAAUGAAGGAAAUUCUCUUGCUAGAACAAAUGGAUCACCCGGGAUUCAUAAAACUGUUAGGAUAUUGUGUAAGGAGCGAAGAAACCGACAGCACCGACCUAUCCGAACACGGCGUCACCGCAGUGUAUGAAUAUGGAAAGCGAUUAAACGUAGCUAAUUUACAGUUUAACACUUUCGGCAGUAGACUUCAGCACGCAAUCGAUCUUGCGGACUUUUUAUCUUAUUUGGACAAUUCCCCUUUGGGAUCUUUAAGAGUUAGAGACUUCAAAGAAACCCAUUUUCUUCUAGUAAACAGUUCAAUCAAGAUGAUCGAUUUAGAUGAUGUUGAUAAUCUAGAACCUUCCUGUGACAUUUAUUAUGAUACUCAAGACACCGAAUACGGUAAUGAAACUAAAGCGAGAAGUACCACAUGUGAAUUUGAUCUUCCGUGCUAUAUGGGAUUGUGCAUUGGAUCGAAUGCAAAAAAUAACUUAAAAAUGAUGAAUAAGCUAUUUCUAAGCCGAUUAUUGCACCCUAAAUUAUUUCCUAGUAGUGUAAGCGAAAAAGUAAGUGAUUUAUCAGCUCGAAUUGACACGUCAAAUAUUUCUGCUGAUGUGCUUGUACAACAAUUAUCUAACAUACAGAAAAUUUUAUUUUCAGUGUAUGGUCAUUAGCUCAUGUACAUGUAUGAAACACACAUAAACAAAUAAAAUGAAAACAAAACAAAACAAAACAAAUUCCAUAUAGAGAUCAUCAUACGAACUUCAAAAAUGUAUAAGUGUCUAAACAAUAUGUCAAAGUUUAAAAUCUUAAAAAGUUGUCGAUAAAUCUAUUAGAGGCUAUCUAAGAUUAACACCAAAUUCUCUAGAACACUUAAACGAUAAGAUAUAUAACAUAAGCAGAUGUGGUAUGAUUGCUAGUGAGACAACUAUCCAACAGACCAUAUGUCGUAGAUGUUAGAUAUUAUAACAUGUCACGAAAUUAUUUGCUUGGGACAGGCAUAUGUAUACGAAUUAAAGGAUAUAUGGGGUAUAUGACAUGUCAAUAAGACUUGGGACAGGCACAUGUACACGUAUAAAAGGAUGUAUGGGGUAUAUGUCAAUAAGACUUGGACCAGGCACAUGUAAACGUAUAAAAGGAUGUAUGGGGUAUAUGUCAAUAAGACUUGGGACAGGCACAUGUAAACGUAUAAAAGGAUUAUAUGGGUUAUAUGUCAAUAAGUCAAUAAGAUAUGGGACAGGCACAUGUAUACGUAUAAAAGGAUAUAUGGGGUAUAUGCCAAUAAGACUUGGACAGGCUCAUGUAUACGUAUAAAAGGAUAUAUGGGGUAUAUGCCAAUAAGACUUGGACAGGCACAUGUAUACGUAUAAAAGGAUAUAUGAGGUAUAUGCCAAUAAGACUUGGACAGGCACAUGUAUACGUAUAAAAGGAUAUAUGGGGUAUAUGCCAAUAAGACUUGGGACAGGCACAUGUAUACGUAUAAAAGGAUAUAUGGGGUAUAUGCCAAUAAGACUUGGACAGGCACAUAUAUACGUAUAAAAGGAUAUAUGGGGUAUAUGUCAAUAAGACUUGGGACAGGCACAUGUAUACGUAUAAAGGUAUAGGACAGGCACAUGUAUACGUAUAAAAAGAUAGGACAGGUACAUGUUUACGUAUAACAGGAUAUAUGAGGUAUAUGUCAGUAAGAAAGCAAUAAAAAAAACACAGAAAGCUAGAGGUCAGACUAGGUAUUCAACACUAGACAUCUCCCACUGUCUAUACUAUAUUUUAAGCUCUAAAUCUUAUAAAUAAAAACAGAACCAAUGUUUGUGAAGUAUUUCUUUUAUCAAUGGUUCUAUCUUAAUUAUGGAUUUCAUGUAACGCGAAGUAUAAUUUUAGAAAUGGUUGUACUAGCUCUUUAAAAAAAAAUUACAUUCAUUUAUUAUGGUCUAUUGUAAUCAAAUUGUAGUAAAUUUAAAGCAUAGUAAUAAUUAAUUAUUUUAUACAGUAUGAAAAUAAUUUAGCAAUUUCAAAAAGGAAUGUAUAUCUGAAUGAUACGAAAAAGAUAAGUGUAGUUACAAAUAAACUAGAACAGACACUGGUAUUGUCAUGUUGCAUAUCAAGAACGAAGGAAGUUUUGUGUUUAUUUGAUUAUGCU